AUGUGGCUUCCUGCAACGACGCCUGGGGUACUCGUUGCAUUCGCUUGUCUCUACGGCUUUGCGUCUGGGGUCUUUAUCUCAGUCAUGCCUGCCGCCACCGGGCAAAUUAUUCCCACCGAAAAACUCGGAGCUAGGCUUGGAGCAUUUAGUACCAUUACCGCCAUGGCUGUCCUGACGGGCAGUCCGAUGGCUGGGGCCUUGAUUAAGAGCGACACCAGGACUGGGUAUCAUCCUCUUAUCAUUUUCUCUGGGUGCUGUCUCCUCGGGGGAGGCGCCAUAAUCUUUGCUGCCCGAGUUCUACACGACAGAAACCUUAGUAGCAAAUGGUAG